AUGAGCUGGAAACGAGUCAUUCAGGACUCCGACGAGGAUGAGCCCUUCGCGGAUGAUGAAGUUAAGACCUCCUUCGAUCCGCUUCAGGGCCCUGAGUCCCCGCGACAGCAGGAGACCCGUGACCUUCCCGCGGUCCAGCAAUCAACACAUAGAACAGAGCAUGCGGGGUUUCCGGAGCCUCAAUUAGGUGUCAAUUUCGAUCAAUUUCUGCAGUCGCAGGACCAGUCACAGACGGCGGUUACGUCUUCGCAGCUGCAACGGGAGGAAAGGUGGAUUCCGUCGACUGGUGAUGGUGGGGGUUCUAUUGGAGCGAUGAUGACCGAGAUCGGACUGGCGCAGCAGAGACUGUUCGACGAUGAAGGUACCAACGUCGACCCGAACCAUUCGAUAUCUACGACCUACCCGAGCGGAAUCUCCGAACCUGGCUCGUAUCCUAUGCACUACCAAACAGCAGGCCCGGGCGAACCCUUUGAGCCUGUUAGCCCAUUACCCAAUAUGCCUCAAGAGCCGACUCAGCUUGUUGCACCGCCACUCACGAAUGGAUUUGAAUACAGCACGCCUGCGCCCUCAAAGCAUGUCGACUCCACAAUGGACCAAAUAGAGCCGACGACCACUUUUGCUACCUCAACAAAUCUGACCGAGACCACACAUACAAGAAAUUCAGGGAAAGCUGCCCAGCGUUCCAAGUCCAUGCAGAACGAGUGGAACUCUCCGCACGACACUGAGCCCAACUCCUCCGUUCGGUCACCAAAAGUCAGUAGAUCGAAGAGUGAUAAUGGUAGAGCGGGUUUGAUGUCUCCUCAGCAUUCCCCGGCUAGUACACGCGAUGAGCUAUCUAUGCCGGCAGUUACCGUCCAGGUAGCACCGGCUGAUGUGAUCUCAGCUAAGAAGAAGCGUGGCCGACCAAAGAAACAAUCAUUGCCAGAAGAAGACGAAGAUGACGAAUUGGCCCUUGUUCACAAUUCGAUUUCCGAGCGAACCAAGACCGAGAAAAGACGGCCGGGCCGACCUUCGAAGUCAGAAAAAGCAGAGGGUACGACUGGGGAUCACGAAGAGACUGGCUCUCAGGCCGCAGAUCCUUCUGUUUUUGGAAGUAAGGCUUCAAAAAAUGCUGAGCCAUCAGAGAAACCAGAACCAAAGAAAAGGCCAGUUCAGAGGAGCAAGACUGCGCCUGGCAAGCUCCAGAAACGCCGCAAAAUAGAUGACAAUGACGACGUUAUAUGGGUUGAGUCAAAAACGUUAGAAGUGGAAGAUGCAAAGGGCGAAACCGACUCAACCACCCUUGAGACAACAAAACAAGAUGCACCCGAAGCCCCACCCAUCUCAACUGAAUCACCUGCGCUUAAGAAGCGCGGGCGUAAACGGAGGAAGACGGCGGAGCAAACGAGCGAGACCCAAGCAGCUCCGGCGGAGCCUGAAAAGUCAGAGCAUCAUCUCGGCAACCUGGCCCCGAACGUGGAAGCCAAAGCCAAAGAUCAACCUUUAUCCAUCCCCGAACAAACUCCAAACGAGGAUGAGAAGGAAAAUACCGGUCCCUCUGAAGAAACACAAUCGGAAUCAACACCUCAGCCAGCCGAGCCGCCAGUCAAGCAGACUCCAUCCGGCUCUUUACCGCAAACACCCCAGCCCGAGAACCCUAGGAAAACACACAGUCCCAUUUCGUCGACCAGCAAAGUACCUUAUCGCGUUGGGCUGAGCAAGAGGGCGCGGAUCGCUCCAUUAUUGAAGGUUGUUCGGAAGUGA